AUGUGUGGAAUAUUUGGAUAUUGUAGCUACAAUAAGACAGAUAAAAAAAUCGAUAUACUGAAGAUGCUAACCAAUGGGCUCAAAAGACUUGAAUAUAGAGGAUACGACUCAGCUGGAGUUGCUAUAGAAGUCGACAAUGAAUACAAGGCAUUCAAGAAGACAGGAAAGGUCCAGGCUCUAGUUGAUCAUAUUGAAGAGUCCACUAAGAGCAUCCAGGAGAAAACCUGCAAUUCAAAUGUAGGAAUUGCCCAUACUAGAUGGGCUACCCAUGGAGAGCCUUCUGAGACAAACUGCCACCCCAUCCCAAGUAAAGACGAUGAGUUCUUUGUUGUGCACAAUGGUAUUAUCAACAACUAUAAAACACUAAAGGAGAUUCUUGCAGGGCAUGACCAGCCUUUCAAGAGUGACACUGACACUGAAAGCAUUGCACAGGUAAUACUUUUUAUAUACAGAAAGUGUAUGGCUCGAGGAAUUUCCAUGAGCUUUGCAGAAAUUGUAAAUGAAGCAGUGCAUCAGCUAGAUGGAGCCUUUGCAUUCCUUGUUGUGAGCAAGCACUUCCCUAAUGAGGUGGUGGCUGCCAGGCGAGGAAGUCCCUUGCUGGUUGGAGUGCGUGGUACUUCAAUUGUGCAGCAAGACUCAAUUGAUGUGAUGACCUCAAAAGAGCCAAGCAUUUCAAUUAGCACUCCGGUGGGCACCCCUAAAAUAGGCCAGAAGGCUCCAGAGCUGUCUAGGUCUGUGAGCAGGGUGUUUGUCAUGGAGUCUGAGAACAAUGCACAGCCUUUAGAGAUAUUUUUCAGCUCUGAUUCAGCUGCUAUUAUUGAGCACACAAAAACUCUGCUUACUCUAGAGAAUGGAGACAUUGCACAUGUGACCUCACGAGGGUUGGAGAUCAUCAAGAUUGCGCCAGGCGGCAAGUCUUUCCGUCCUCUUGAGGAAGUAACAGGAACCCUUUGUGACAUAAUGAAGGGAAACUAUGCACACUUUAUGCUUAAGGAGAUUCAUGAACAGACAGACUCAGUUGUCAACACCAUGCGAGGGCGUGUCAACUUUGAGGAGUCACUUGUGAAGCUAGGAGGAAUUGGGGAGUGGCUGGACACACUUCGCAAGGCAUCAAGGUUUGUGUUCAUAGCAUGCGGAACCAGCUCAUAUGCAUCUCUGCAGAUGAGAGCUCUUUUCGAGGAGCUUACAGGAAUCCCGUCUUCUAUUGAGAUAGCUAGCGACUUUAACGACAGGCUGCCGCCAAUCUCAAGGUCAGACUGCUGCAUCUUUGUAAGCCAGAGCGGAGAGACUGCUGACUCUUUAAUUGCACUUCGGUAUAUUAAGGAGAAAGGCGCGCUCAGCGUAGGUAUUACAAAUGUAGUUGGAAGCACAAUCUCUAGGGAAACCGACUGUGGUAUCCACAUCAAUGCAGGGCCUGAGAUUGGAGUUGCAAGCACCAAGGCGUAUACAAGUCAGUCUGUAGCGCUUGCUCUUCUUGCCAUACAGAUAGGGCAGAACAACAUGCAUACAUUUGAAAGAAGAAAGCAGAUAAUAAAGGAUCUGCAGAGCCUUUCUACCUCAAUUAAGUCGGUUCUCAAGGAUGAAGAAGGCCUGAAGGAGAUUGCAGAAACCAUGCUAAAGCCUGAGAAGAGUAUUUUACUUCUUGGAAGAGGGUAUCAGCUGGCUACUAGUCUUGAGGGGGCCCUCAAAAUCAAGGAGAUUACAUACAUCCACAGCGAAGGGAUAGGUGCAGGAGAGCUGAAGCAUGGACCUCUUGCUCUAGUUGAUGAGAACAAGAGAAUCAUCAUGAUUCUAACUGACCCAUCUGAGGGGAAGUCACAGAACUCAUAUGAACAGGUCAUCACACGUGGAGGCAAGCCAAUUGUGAUAUGUACAGAGCGCACUGCUAAACAGCUUGGAAAUGCACUGAAGAUCAUUGUACCAGAGGUCUCAGAUUGCAUUCAGGGAAUUGUAAAUGUGGUUGUCCUUCAGCUGCUUGCAUACUACACCGCAACAAGUCUUGGAAUCAAUGUUGACCAGCCAAGAAACUUAGCCAAGUCUGUGACAGUUGAAUAA